AUGAGAGUAAAGCGAAGAAGAGUGUUGGAGACGUAUAAUGCUGCCACAGAAAUCCAUGGCGGCAUAAGGGAGAGUAACGAGGCAGCUGCAACUGGACUGGUAGAAACCUUGGACAUCAAGUUUUCCAAGAAACUUGUCAGUUCAUUAGUAUGUAACAAAUCUAAGCUGGCCAAAAAAAUUGCAUUUACUUUUCAUAAGGCUAAGUGCAAGGUGUAUGAAAAUAGUGAUGAGAACUUUCGUAAGAAAGAAACCAUUGAGACAUGUGACUGAGUAGAUCUUGUGGAAUUAAGCUUUGUGAAGAAGCAGAAUGUUUUGCAACGACGCGUUAGUGAACGUUUAAAUGAACCUCCCUACGGCGCGGUCGACAAAAUCAAACAAACAAGCGCUACAUGUUCAGAAAAACUAGUGCAAUGAAAUCAUAAUAUAAUUUCUGACUAACCUUUGCGAUAAUUCAUCGCGUUGAGAUGGCAUUUUUAUUUAUAUCUUUCAAACGUUUGAGGCUAGAGCGCGAGCAAAUCAGGCAAAUAUUACUGGACUUGGAACUAUUGACCUCUGACACGAGUUUCAGAUCAGAAAAGCUGUUUUUAAAGCGAGCAGAACGAGAUUUUCGGGUCGCGAGGCGGCCCUUCUAGCGACAAAAUCGCGAUGAGUCUUCGUGCCGCGAGCCAAAUUUUAAAUAAGACGAAAAACUUCUUCGAAAGUCUAAAAAAUAUUACUUAAGAAUGUAAACAACAAAUCUCCGUCGGCGGUGCGGUCCGGAAGGAAAUCUUGUCGACACAAUAUGACAGUUCUAUUGUCUUUUGAAGAAAAAAACCGAUGACGCUUGCGCGUGUGCACAAUCGGGACACUGUCCCUUUAAGACUGGCUAUGUUUUAAGAACAUUUAAAUCGACUGUUUAACUUCACUAGCCUGAUGAAUUUCUUUAAGAACUGUAUUUCUUCACCGUAUUAAAAUAAGACGCGGAGAGUUACCAGUCACACCAAAAAACUUUCGUGACUUAAAGCACGCCUUAAGAAUAAAGGGAAGGUCAAUAUACACAUGCAAAAUAUUUCAUUCUACUUUUCAUAAGGCUAAGUGCAAGGUGUAUGAAAAUAGUGAUGAGAACAUACUUAGAAGUGUGUCAGUUUACUAUAGCAUGGGUGUCAUGGGCAAAAAGAAGUACAUGAAAGUGCGCCAUUCCUUUUCAUUUAAGAGGAUACUAUCCAAGGGGAAAAAGUUUUCUUGCUUAAAAGUAGCGAACUGCCAUGUUCCUGCUUUUUUGCCAUACUACAAACUUGUUCAAUUUCUUGAUAGGCACUCUACAUUCUGUUAG